UACAUCUUAGAUGGCCUAAGGGUGAGUACAUUUUCAGAUGAAUUAUGCCUUAUGUACAUGCCCGUAUACUCAUAAAGACUGUUAUGGUCAAAAUGGUCUUUAUGCAUGAUUUCAAUCAAAAUAAAUGUAAUAUAGGCCCUUAAUUUCACCAUAUUUAGUCGAUGAAUAUAAUUUCUCGGCGUCGCCGGGAGGAGAAGGAAGGCAGCAGUAGGUGGCGCGCUCACUACGUUCACCGGUAACGCGCUGCAGCCCCGCUCUUUCUCGCGGAAUUUGACACUGACAAGGAAGUGAUGCUGUCAUUCUAAAAGCCGGUUUUAGAGCUCAGCGCUUUUCAGUCAAACGUUCUUUCUUAAACGAACGCAGUAUCUGUACCAAUAGAGAAUGAGAGCAUCACGUGUCAGGCUGUUCUUCUGUUGACUAAGAUGUGUGGCAUCCGCAUAAGUCACAUGGGAUCUGGAGGCAUUCAUCGCCAGGGACGUUUAUCCUCGUGUACAUUUAAGUAUCUUUGUUUAGUGUAUAUAUAUAUGAAUAACUGUAGUUUUAAGUAUAUCCUCAUAUAAAUAUACGUAUAUCCGCAUAUACGUACGUUGUAGCACCAUGUAUAACUCGGAGAGAAUCCCUGAAACAAGUGUCGAUCAGAACCAAACUAAUGGAAGCAGAAGUGAUGUGAACUCUGACGGGACAGAUCAGUAUAAAGACCCCACUGAUUCAGUCCCAAGAAGACCUUCCAGAAGAAUCGUUCUUCACUUUGAUCUCAACAACACAAUCCUUGUAUCUGACGCAGUCACGCGACAAGGAUCUGUAGCUGCUCUUGAAUACUUCCUGUCCACGGUGACCUGGGGGCGCAUGACAAAAGGUAAAUGGGAGUGGUUGUCAGAAGCACCAUCUCUCCUCCAGCCUUGUGAGGGCGCCAUCACAUACUACACACAGUUUGGCCGAGUGGCAGGCUUCACCACCGUAGGUCCAGGCCGACGGUUCCGGAGGGUCCUGGAGGAACAUCUAGACCUACUCCGAUGGCCGUCGGACAUACCUGCAGAUAAAGAGCUGUCUGUUAAGGGAGAAGAUGGGAAGCUGUAUCACUGGAUCCUCCCUUCCUUCUUCCAGAUGCUGCAGGACUUAUCUUCACAGGGUUUGGAGUUCUCCAUCCUGUUCCGUACAUUCGGCUCAGAUCUGCCCCGUCUUCUGAAUGCUGUCAAGCGUGCUGUAGAGCAGGGCUCACAUCCGCUCUUCCCCGACCUCCCGGCUCUGAAGCUGAGGGUGAACGUGACCGCCGGGCGCAUCAGGUGCAGCGGUAAAGGCGCAACUCUGAUUCGUGGAGAAGAACACGUGUCCACAAGGGAUGGAGAGCGGCAUGUUUACCAGUACCUGAGCACUGCUGAGGGUCUGGGUGGCUUCCAAGACCACUUUGAUUGGUGGGCACGGAACACAUACUCCAUUUUAGGAGGAAAGCCACUCUGGAUUGACCCUUUUGACACCAAAGUUCAGCAUAUCUUCAUUGAUGACAAUAUUCGACAAAACGAUGAGGACACUAUUGUCCAUCCUAAGGUGUUUCUGGACCCUGAGGGCUGUCAGACUCGAACAGCCUCCACAUCAGAGCUGUAUGAUCUGUGUCUGGUACAGAACGACCUGCUGAAGGCCAUUUCCGAGCCUGGAUAUUUCACCCGACGCAUCCAGAUCUGCAUGGAGAACUAUGAGGGGAACAUCCAAACGGGAUAGCCAGAUGAAGCUCAAGUCAUGCAGGGAAACACAAAUUAUGCUUAAACACUAUCCUGUGGUACGUGCCUAUAUGUGGAAGAACCACGUUUGAAGAUCUCUGCUACAAUAACAGAUCGGCACUCUUUAAUGAAGGAUGUUGUAAUCUAUAGAUACAUAUCUACUUUACCAUCAUAGUCAAGGGUCAGAUUUUGCCCCUGAAGAUCUAACAAUCAUAAACAGCACAUGCCAUAGUGUAUGUAGACGUUAUUAUGGUCAUAAGCAUUGGCAGCUGCUUCAUAGAUCUAUUUUGUUAUAUCCACACAUAAAUCAAGGAAGGAAGAUGGUUCGACCAACAGUAUUCUCAGGAACAUUCAAGGGUAGUUUUUUUUUAGUGUUCUUUAUUUUUUGAUGCAUUUAAAACCAAAUAAGUUGAAUAUCAAAACACUUAAAUUUGUAGACAUAUUUUGUGAAGAUUUUUUUCUUUUUUGCACUGACACUAAUAUAUUUUGAAACCCUUUUGGUUUGUGCUAACACUAAUUUGAAGCUGAGACUAACCAAAGCAGAAUUUGCUAAUAUAUGUAACAUGUUCACUGGAUUGAGUUGCUCAGAGUUUACAUUAAUGUGGUUUUACAUGUGGUUAUUUAAAUCACAUUGCAGUUACCUGCUAAAGUGUCUGCAUCCUCCUCUCUAGGUACAGAGUUCUGAGGUUGUAUUAUAUGCACAAUACUGAACUUCUAAUUUCUAAAACAAUGUCUAAUUAUAUUCAAAUUUUCCAAAAACAAUAAUGCGUUUUGAUUCCAGUGGAAUGCAGUUUUUCACUCGAUUUGUGCAUCCAUUUCCUCUCACCGUCAUUGGAGGAUGUUAAUCUACUGAAGCUUAUCAUUGCACAGUUACUGCUUUUAUUGUGUUUUGUUACUUAAUGCAUUAUUUAUGAUGGCUAUUUUGAAGUAGGUUAUUUUGUUUUACUAUUUAUUAUGGUAGAAUUUUUAUUUGGCAAGAGUUGCGAAAAUAAAUUAUUUGGACUUAA